CAAUUGAAGAUGACUGCAACAUGUGAAUUUGUAAUGUUUGUUUUCAGUUUAUUUACAGAAAUUAAAUUGACUGACUAGAUACCUUUACCAUUAAUUUAUAAUUAAAAUGAAUGCAUUACUUCGUAGUCGAUGGGUUCAUGUUUUGGAACAUCGUUUUAUAUAUCCAGAAGAUUAUCGUUUAUCAAAAUAUAUUCUUUUGAAAAUUUUAAGUUGCAAUAGGACAUACCAGCAUAGUGCUGAAACCCUUUCUUCUGAAAAUGUAAAUAACGAAAUUAACUGCCGCAGUGCUUCAAAUGAGCGUAAGAUUUUUAAUGAAAGUAAAUCAGAUACAUUUGGUACUUUAAAAAGAAACAUUGAGAAGAAAAAUAUUAGUAAUACAAAGGCAGAAAAAAGUCUUGAAAGAUCUAAAUCUAGAAUUAAUAAUAUGAAGUUUCAGGUGGAAAAAUCAAGGGUAAAGAGAAAGGUAAAAUCUCUUACGAAAGAUGAAGGUAAUAUUUUUGGAAACUUAUCAGAAGCUAAUCCUAUCUGGUAUCCUGAUGUGAAUGAGGAUCCUCAAGAAUUUAAUGAUCAAAGUGAUGAUAGUGUAAUGAUUAAAAAUAUUAGCAAAAGAUACAGAUGUCCAAAUGUGUAUAUGCUUGAGAUGAAGCGCUUAGUUGAAGAAAAAAAGUUGAAAGAAGCCCUUGAUUUGUUUGUUGACAUGAAAAGGAAUUUUGUACAACCUCUUCAUCAUCAUUUUACAUUUAUGAUUGGUGCAUGUGGAAAAUUUGGUUUUACAGAAAUGGCUUUCAAGCUUCUUCGGCAGAUGACUGACAGGGGUCUUAAGCCUACUCCAGCAACUUUAACUGGAUUGUUUAACUCUUGUGCUGAAAGUCCUUUUCCAGAAUAUGGUUUACAUAAAGCUCGUCUCUUAAAAGAAAAGAUUGAAUUGAAAAAUUGGGAGCUGAAUCAAAUUACAUAUCAUUCAAUGAUAAAAGCUUUUGGAAAAUGUGGUGAUAUACAAACAGCAUUUCAGAUUGUUGAUGAAAUGGUAAAAGCUGAUAUAAAAAUUGAUGCAGCUACAUACAAUUUUUUACUAAUGAGUUGUAUUGCUAAUAAGGAAGCUGGAUUUACAUAUGCAAUAGAGGUUUGGCGAAAAAUGAAAGCAAGGAAGUGUACACCAAAUCUAUAUUCAUAUAAUUUAUUGCUUAGAACAGUCAGGGAUUGUGGUGUUGGACCUGAGGAAGUAUCUUGUCUUUUGUUGCAGCACUGGAGUAGUUACUCAAAACGGCCAUACGGAUUUAUAAGAAAAGAAAGUGUAUCAAAAGAAGAGCCAGUGCUGCACUUAGUUAGUGGAGACAGUUCUAUAAAUAAUGAUAAAACACAGCAUCAUCAAAAUCAAAGUACUGAGUGCCAAGCAGAACAUCCUCAUGAUCAAAGUAUUAAUUACAAAACAGAGCAAAUUCAUAAUCAAAGCACUGACUACAGAACAGAUCUUUACAAACAAAGUACUGAAUGCAAAGCAGAACAUCUCCAUAAUCAUAGUGCCGAAUACAUAACCAAAGCAACUGAAGAAACAUUAGAUACUAGACUAAAAACUGUUUCAAAUAAAAAUAAUUUAGAAUUAAUGCAAAAUAUUUUUCCAAGUUUACUUGCAUUAAGGCCAGUUAAUGGCCCUGAAAUUUUAGAAAUUUCAAAUAUUAAUACUCCUUAUGAUAAGUAAGUUUUUAACUAAAACCAUUA